AUGGGUCCUCUAUCGCAACCGAACGGAACCUCACUGGAUUGGGCUGAUGCAGCAGUCAUGGGCCUGGAUGAAUCCGUCGUUCUUGCCGGGUCCACCGAGAUUGACGGCGAAGACGGCUUCGCGGCGCUCGAGCUCGAUUCUGAAGGAGUGGAACUGUGGAGAUGGGAGGACAGCCCUGGUGGCGGUACUUGCAGAACGUACGGCGUGACGGUGUCAGACGACGGCUCUGUGGUCGGCGCUGGGUAUAUCUGGAGCGGCGACUGGGCCACACCAAGUUUGGGGGAAACUGAUUUCAUCGCGUACAAAUUGGCCAAAGAUGGCACUCUGCUCUGGAAAUGGCAGGUAACGUAUGAGUGA